AAUCUCCCCAUUGUGCGACAAGGUCGCAGACAAAAGUACAGAGUUUUGCCAUCUGUCACCCUCGUUUUUGUCUGUAUAUGGGCGAAGUCGACUCCUGGGCCAGGGGGUGCGGCACUUGGCUUCAGGUGAACAAACUCGUACCUCAUCGGUUAAGCCCCGUCGCACCAGCGCGCCCCCUCUCGAGUUAAAGUGAACAAAGACCGAACACUGGGAAGUGCAGACACGCACACAUUUUUUCCGGUGGACCGCCCACGAAGUUCUCCUCCGAGAGAAGUCCCGCGUUUUCUUUUUUGCGCCUGCCUUUGCCAGUUCUUCCGAGUGUUUCGCCUCAGACCCCUCCGCAGCAGCAUGUGCCAUUCAUUUCGCGGCGGACCCUUAUUCUUGUCCUGAAAACGCGGUCGGAAGGUGGGGGGGGCAGUCGAGCGGUGGCGGCCUGAAGACGCGCAAGAAUUCGAGAAGGUACGAGACUGCCGUCGUGCUGUUUUGGGGAAGUCGCCGUCGUUUUUUCCGUUCUCCUCCCCUGUCGGUCGUUUGAUUUCUGGGGCAAACGGCGCCCGUCGCUUCGUCCCUUGUCGACUUGUGUUGUUCGUCUUGCGUCUUUCGCUCUGCUUUUCUGCCUCUCGCGGUCUACGGCCCAGAGACGCCCCCGCGCCCGCUGUUCGCGCUCGCGGCGUGCAAACCCACGCGGGCAGACAAUGGUCAGAGGCUCGUCAAGUGACUCCGCGUUUCGGCGAACACGAGAAAGACCAUGUUUUCUUCGGGAAUACCUGUUUUUGACGCGCUGAACAGGGAGGGGACGAAGUGUACAGACAGCCGCGGAUCGAGUGCUGCGCAGCUGCGCGACAAAGACGCGUAGCCGCGGACAAAAAAGAGGAAGAACCGGUGACCCCGGGGAAACGGCGUCUUGGUCUCCUUUUCGUCUCGGUCCUAUCGGUGUUUCUGUUUCUCUCCUUCCCUUUCACAGAGUAGCCUCGGCGAUUCCUGUUCCUCGACGCCGUCCUGCCCCGUCGAACGCCUUCCACAUGUCCCCUUUCACCGGGGCGACGAAGACACGGGUCGCGUCGUCUUCUGUCAAGACUCUCCUUCUUCGCCUGCUUCCGCUUCUUCUCCUUGCAGGUUCCCCAGCAUGGGCCAAGCUCUGCCGCGCCUCGAAGAGUGUAGCCGCCCAGGCUGAGUUCCGGGUGACCGGCGGAAGGGCACACCCCCCGAGCGGCUCGGCGCAUGCAGCGAAGAGAAGAGGCCUUGAAAAUGAGGCAAGCACUCCAGUCGCAGCGAGUCGACGGACUCGCCUCGCGCUGUCCUCUCAGGACUCGCGAGGCGCAGCGGCGGGGAGUGUGGAGACAGCUGGGGACUCAGUUGGAGACCCUGAUGAAACUCUCUCGAUCCUCAGCUCUCCCGCUACCUCUGACGAGGCACUCGAAAACGUUUCGGUGCCCCCCCAGCCUUCUUCUCGUCGGCGGUCAGAGCAUCAGGAAGUCCCCGCAAGGCCUUCCCCGUCUGCGCUCCCGUUACUCGGACAUGAAGGCACCGCAUCCUCCGCGGAUUCCAGAGACACUGGAGCUGGGGAAUCUCCUUCGGCUGCUGAGGCCUCUGUGUCGGUUGAUGGGGAGAACGCGGGUGAGGACUUGUCUCGAGUCCAGACUCCUUCUUUUGGGAACUAUGCUGCUACUGUUGUGGGUCCAGAAGACUCAGAACAGAGCUUGUUGGCCUCGCCAAGGAACAGAGUUCCUUCGUCUCUUCCUGAAACCUCAAUGAAAUCACAGUGGUCGCAGCCGUCGGAAGCAACGCUGACGUCGACCUCGCUCACCUCACCGUGCCUGUUGUCCGCGGAGCUUCCCCCUAUGACGCAGUCCGUCGCUUCCUCGUAUCUUCCUCGUGGAAUGGACGAGAGGCAACGCCCCAUCUUGUCGACUGUCGCGUCCCUCGUCUCCUCGCCUCUGACGAAGACCUCUGACCAGGCGUCGAAAAACGCGUUCUUCGCUUCGCGGCUCCUUGCCUCGGGCAUCUCCCUCUCCUCGCUUCCGGAUGCUCUGAAAGGGGAUGCGAACGCGGGCAAGGCCCAAAGAGAACUCCCUCGCCUCAUGGGGCAGCAGGCGGCUCCAUCUUCUCUCAGAGUGAACCUCGAGAAGGCGAACAACACGAAGGCUUUCUCUGUGGCUUCCGAGGCCGAGGCCUCAGGCGCCUCGCCGACAGGAUUGGGUUUGUGGCUGGCGAUUCUCCCUCAGGUGAAGGUGCAGAGUCGCUUUCUGCGGGGCAGAUUUGCGGCCCACGGGGAGGAGGAGCGGCAGUCGCAAUUUCGGCUGUCUCCAAGGAGCAGCCGGCGCCCUCGGUCGGUUCUGCCUUUGCUCUCGCGACACAAAGGGAAGAUGUUCUUCGGCGCAGUGCUCGUUACGCUCGCGCUCUGGCUGCUGUGGUCGACCGGUAAGAAGAAGGCAGAGAACUGCGAGCAGGAGCGACGCGUUUCGGUUGCGAGUGAAGGCCGAGGCGAGGGGAGGACAGAGAGCAUGUCCGACCCACAACUUUUUAAAAGGUUCUUUGGAAACCCCAAGCAAAUGCGCUUCCGCGCUCAGGAACAAGGCUCCUUCGGCGAGCAUCAGGACCGCGAGACCGUCGACGACAUCAUGCGGUGGCGAGAGUACCUGCGCCCCGCGCGCUGAGCUGGAGACCGCAGGGGCUCCGUGCCUGCGUCCCCUCGUUUUUGCAUGCAGAAGCUUUCUUGCUCACCUGUGCAUGCGUUUGUUCUUUGAAGAACGCUUGGAACUUGCGAAGAAGAGGAAGACAGUGGGCGGCCUGAGAGAAGCAGAGAGUCGCAGCGGGACGAAGAGACUGGCGCGAGCCUCUCCCUUCGGACCAUGUCCGUCUGGUAGAUCUCCGGCACCCCCCCGCCCACCCUUCCGCCACAAAGCACCCGUCUGAACUCUUCAAGAAAGGUACAUUGUUUUAUUUUCCAGCAGCGGUGCAAGGUCGAAGACGCGUCACCGAGCGUCUGUGCCCGCAGAAAGUGACGAACCAGGCGCCGAAAGCUCGGUGGCCUGCACUGUUAAACACUGCAACUGACAUUCGCGCUCCGUGGAAGCGGAGGAAAGAAGGAAAGAAGCUUGUUUGGGUCCUCUCAAGUGCCGCAGGUGCCCCAUUUCCCUGACGGCUUGCGCGCAUGCAGCGUCGAGGGGCUAUGAAACGUUUGGGAUUUCAAGGUCUCACCAAUUGUAGGCUUGUCUGGAAGCAGAGAGCUGUGAGGCAGGGGUGUAUUAGGAAGUGAAUGCAAACAAAUAGACUUCACUGUUGGGCGACGGCUUCUCGAGUGCGGAACUGAAAGGUGUGUUUUCUCGGCUACGUCAAGCUGCAUGUACAGAUUUAGGUCGCCCGUCGAGGCGCGCACCGUUUAUAGGUAUGAACCGGGUGAACGCGACCCGUCGACGUUUGACUUUGUAGAACUCUUCAUUGUCAGUGUCCGUCUGGGCGCUGAGUGUGACUGACAGCACACCAGGAACUGUGGAUCAAUUCAUGCAAACACCGAAG